AUGGCGUUCCAGUUUCAUACUACUACCUUUGGUCAACUAGUACGCCUUCUUUCUGGCAAUAAGGUCUUCCAGUAUCCCGACGAGAUUGACCCAUUGCUAUGGAAGAAAUUCCUUCGCCAAGAUGCAUCCCAGCAUAUGAACGGCUCUGACAAAGGUCUGAGCAAAAAUGAGAACACCGAAAAUGGUGCCCUGGAGAAUACUACACUUCAUGAUGGCGAACAGGAGAUCCUGCUUGUAGAGUGGUACGGGCCUGAUGACCCCGAGAAUCCUCGGAACUGGCCAUUAAGAUGGAAAAAUCUCAUGAUUUUUCAACUUUGCAUCCUCAAUUUUGCCGUCUACAUGGCAAGUUCCAUCUAUGCACCAGGUGAACAGGGUGUCAUGGCAGAAUUCGGAGUCAGCGAAAUUGUAGCCACUCUAGGGCUCUCUCUCUUCACUCUUGGAUAUGGCUUCGGCCCUAUGCUAUGGUCUCCUUUAUCCGAAAUGCCAAAAAUUGGACGUAGCGGCAUCUUCUUCUGGACCCUCUUCGCCUUCAUCCUAUUCCAGCUUCCCGUCGGCUUUGCCCCAAACAUUGCAGUCUUUCUCGUCUUUCGCUGGGUGACGGGCUUCUGCGGCAGUCCAUGCCUAUCAACUGGUGCUGGUACGAUUACCGACCUAUACGACCCCUCGCUCGCCUCGUACUUGUUCUGUAUUUGGGGAACAGCUGGUUUCUGCGGCCCUGUUUUCGGUCCCAUCAUUGGUGGAUAUCUAGCCCCAGCUAAAGGAUGGCGCUGGACCAUAUGGGUUAUCACAUGGCUUUGCACAGUUGUCCUAGCCGCAAUGUUCUUCUUCUUCCCUGAGACCAGCGCAGACAACAUACUCUACAAGAGAGCUAAGAGGUUGAGGAAGGUGACUGGAAACAGCCGACUCAGGAGCCAGUCCGAGAUUGACGCCGCACAUUAUACGGCAAGAGAUCAUCUGAUCGUCCUCGGCAGGGCUUUUACUUUGACCUUCUCCGAGCCUGUAGUUCUGCUUAUGAACUCGUACGCUGGUCUCCUGUAUGGUGUGUUGUUCAUCUGGUUCGAGUCGUUUCCCAUCGUAUUUGGCGGCAUAUACGGCUUCAACCAAGGCGAGCAGGGUCUAGUAUUCCUGGGCAUUUUCGUUUUUGCUCUCAUCUCACUGGCCUUCUUUCUACUAUGGAUCAAAACUCACAUUGCCACAAAAGUCAACGAGCCGGGAUUUACGCCAGAGAUGAUCCUUCCUCCGACGUUUUUAGGAUGCAUCGCCCUUCCAAUCUGCCUCUUCUGGUUUGGGUGGACAUCGCGAGCGGAUAUCCACUGGAUUGUGCCCAUUAUUGGAUCCGGCUUCUUCUCUGUUGGCGUGGUCACGCUGUUUAACUCACUGCUCAACUAUCUAGGCAUCUCAUACCCCAGAUACGCCGCGUCCAUAUUCUCAGGGUCUGCACUGUUUCGCGCUUCGUUUGGUGCUUCUUUUCCACUUUUUGCGCGCCAGCUUUUCUCUCAACUCGGCAUUGGCCCAGGCAACUCGCUCCUUGGCGGCAUUGCUUUGCUUUUUAUGCCGGUUCCCUUUAUUUUUUACAAGUACGGGGCAAAGAUCCGUCAUAUGAGCAAGAAGACUUAA